GUAAGGGUGUGGAGGUGACUUCUUAUAUACAAGUCACACUAACAUAGCCGUUGCUCCCUUACAUGAACAUCGAACAGCUUAAUCUAAAAUAAAAAACACUUGUUUUUAGCAUUUUUCAUAUUGGAGCAUUUAGAGGAGGCCAUCAUGAUGUCCACUUGACCAGCUCGGGUGCUUCAGAUCGUGUUUCUUUUGCCUGCUGCAAUGAACUCUGUAACAAAUGUAUCUUCCCCAAAUGCUUGUUUGCUCCUCUUGGUGUGUCUUCUGGCAUCACCCUCUAGCAGCAGUAGCCUGUGGGGCAAGAUGGUCCGCUUCAGGCUUCCUCCAUGUGUGUGGCAGCUCAAGCCCGGUAUCGUGGUGCCCCCCCUCCAGGACCUGAGCGUAUGCAUGCUACUGCGACGUGCAUAUGACACAGAAUGGACUGCUUUUGUCUACAAAGCUCCAGGGAGUAGCCAUGUGGAGCUGGGCCUGGGGGGCACGGAGGCACAGCUGGUGGUGUGGCUUUUUGGCCAAGAAUGGCAUCUGGAAUUGGAAUUGAAGGUGCGAAAGUGGUAUUCAGUCUGCCUCACCUGGUCUGGUGUGGCCAAUAGGCUGAGGCUCUUUCUGAACGGAACUAUGCUCAGUGAGGCCUCUCUCCCGAGCACCGAUGCACACGAGCAUUUGGCCCAGAACGGCACCCUGACUCUGGGGGUGUCUCAUUAUUUGGAUGCCACCGGAGCCGUGACAGUGGAGAGAGGGAACAACCUCUUGGGAGAGAUCAGCCAGUUCAGGAUGUGGGCGAGGGAAUGGAGCGAGGAGGAGCUGCAAAGGCGGACGUGCGCAGACGGAGAUGUUGUGAGCUGGGAUCAGCGGCAGUGGAAAUACAAUUGCCCCCCAGAGACAGACGAAAACCUUCACUGUGCAUGGUCCUUCUUCAAAAUCAAAAUGCAGACAUCCUUCACCCAGACAAAGCAGACAGAAAAUAGUUCAGAGUCACUGAUGAGAACCACGAGACAGUGGUUGGAAAACAUUUUCCCUCUUGGCAUUUCCGUCAGUGAUGUAUCUCUCGACUCAUCCGCCAGCCAUACAUCCAAUGUGCAACUACCUCAGGAAUCAAGAGCUGCGUCAGCCAGUACCUGUAACAAAUGUUUUAGUUCUGAGGUCAACAUCAUGGUGGAUCCUGCAGCUAGUGUUGAAGUCGUUCAGGCCAACGUUUCCAGUUGGAUCGUUUCUAAUGACGCGCUUAAUCUGAUGGUGGAACCCAACAGCAUCCGCGUGGUGCCCACCGUUCUAGCAGAUGUGUUCCUGAGGGCCGAGCUCAAAUUGAAUUUCACUGGCAGCGCUACAAAACCAAAGGAAAUAAUUGAGCAGUGGUUGAAAGAAAAGCUGGAAGUCAAUGGCACUGCACUGGUGUUGAAUGUCGUCGUAGUAGAGGGUGCCCGGAGGAGCUCACAGGGAUUUAAUGUACAGACGCGUUUCCAUGAGCAAAUCAAACAGUACACAUGUGACUUCCAUGUUCAGGAUUACAGCACAAGCCACAUUGAUGAAAUUCAAUAUUUUAUAUAUACCACCUUGAUGUUCAACCAUGAAUAUGAUAAUGAAUCAAUUGUUAUUGAAACUACAGAUCUGAAGCUCAAACAAAUAUUUCCUAGAAAUUGUUUAGAGGACUUGACAGUGACAAUGUACGGUGAAUACAUUUGGCCUGAAACCUUCCCUCAAGUUAAUCAGCUCAUGGCAUGCAGAGAGCCCAGCUCGCAGCGAGCCCACAGGCUUUGCGAAUUACACAUUGAAAAUGACACAACUAGCUGGGCCCAACCGGACAUGACAAGAUGCAGCCCACUUGUGUCCAUUCCUGAUCUUGAAAAUGUCACUGUCAGUACUGAUAACGCCGCUGAAGUCGUGGACGUAAUCCAGGACCUGGUGAACGCUGCAGUGGGCAACGGCACGCAGAUUCCGCCCUCCGAGCUCAACACGGUGGUGGAGAAACUCAACCAGGUGGUAAACGUCACCACCGUCACACCGGCACUGGGCGGCAACAUCAUCAGCAUUUUCUCCGACAUCUUGAUUUCCACAACGAACGUGACACCAGUGGCUGUCAGCGUCCUCACCCUGACAGAUAAAAUGGGCAAUACUAUGGAUUUUCCAAGUGACUCGCUAAGUUUGACUGCUCCUUCACUGGCUCUGUCCAUGAUCGACGUGGAUCCCGAGGGAUUCGAAGGCCUCACGUUCAGCGCGUCCUCCAUCUCUUCGAUCCAGGAGCCGAAUGUAUUUGUCAACCAGACUUCAGGAGGCAAACCAAUCCCAGAGGCAAAUGUGACCAUAUUGCUACCAUCUACGCUCCACAACUUCCUUCCACCUGGGAAGAGGAAUAAAACCAGGGUCCAGUUUCAGUUCUAUGGUACACAAGACCUUUUCCAGGACCCGGACACAGCCAACUCUCACAGCAAAUUGGUGAACUCUUACAUUGUGUCCGCGAGCAUCAACGGCAGCCACGUCAGCGACCUGGAUGACGGCGAGAGGGUGGUGAUCACGCUACAGCACCGCAAAGCCAAACAGCCAAACGACACGGUGCUAUGUGUAUUUUGGGAUUUUCAAGCCAAUGAUGGGCGGGGUGGAUGGAGCAGCGUGGGUUGUGAAACCCGGACUCUUUCGCCUUAUCAGACCAGCUGUCUGUGUGAGCACCUCACACAUUUCGCUGUCCUGCUGGAUGUGUACAGAGCUCCCAUCAGUGAGGAUCAUAUUUUGAGCAUCAUCUCGUACAUUGGCUGCGGUAUAUCAUCCAUCUUCCUGGGGAUCACUCUCCUCACUUACCUCGGUUUUGAAAAGCUUCGCCGUGACUAUCCGUCGAAAAUUCUCAUCAACCUGUCGGCCGCCUUGUUGGGACUGAGCAUGCUUUUCCUCCUGGACUCGUGGCUCUCGUCCUUUUCCAACUACAGCUUGUGCAUCGUCACCGCUGCCGCGCUGCACUACUUUCUGCUGGCCUCCUUCACCUGGAUGGGCCUGGAAGCCGUCCACAUGUACUUCGCCCUGGUCAAGGUCUUCAACACAUACGUGCCCGCGUAUAUCCUCAAGCUCUGCGCUGUUGGGUGGGGUGUUCCUCUGGUGAUAGUCAGCUUGGUGCUGGCCAUAGAUAAAGAUGCCUAUGGCGACACUCUGGACACAAAAGCUGCAGCGGAGAGUCAUUCUACCUACCAAUUCUGCUGGCUGCAGAACGAUGUCGUCUUCUACGUGGUGGUGGUGGCGUUCGUCCUGCUCGUCCUGUUGUGCAACACGUCCGUGUUCGUGGUGGUUCUGCUUCAGAUCCGGCAGAUGGGCGCCAACAAAGAGCCGUCGACCAGGAGUCGCAGCGCCCUGCAAGACUUGAGGGCGAUGGCCAGCCUCACCGUUCUGUUGGGCCUGUCCUGGCUGAUUGGCUUCUUCUCCUUCGGACCCGGCAGAGUGGCCAUGAUGUACCUCUUCACCAUCUUCAACACUUUGCAGGGGUUCCUCGUUUUUCUCUUCCACUGUCUGAUGAAAGACAACGUGAGGAAACAAUGGCGACUGCAUUUGGGUUGUGGCGACCAUUCAGACUGGAGUACGACAGUGGGUUUUCACGCCAGGAAGAACUAUCGUGUUAACUCCAAGACCCCGCUCAGGAACACUUCGGAAUCCGACACUAAACCACAAAACCGCAAGGGGGCGUAAGCAUGCCUCCAAAGUUUAACAAGGAGAAUAGCACUCUAUAAAAUUGUACUUUAUAGACAGAUACUGUAAUGACAAUUAAAUGGAAUGUAAAGAAUGAAAGCUCAGUAGGCCACCGUAAUAUUAGUCAUUCUUCGCAGAGGAUAAAGAAUAUAUCCCUGUGGGUGUUCUUAUAUUAUCUCUCUACAUGUGUUGCUCCACUGUGUUCAAAUAUCCGUUUUUUUAAAGUUAUGACACCAUUAUACUGAUGCUAUUCAUUAGCCUGUGUUUGACAUUUUGCAUUGUUUGUUAACAUUAAGCUAAAUAGACUUACCGAAAUUAAAAGCAAUGUGGUUGUUUUACAUACACGACACGAAAUGACUCUUUGUUUUAUGUUAAAUUUGACACUAAACUUCAAUUGAGAAUUGCAAUCAAUAGCUUGACCCCUUUUUUUUUUUAAGAAUGUUUUGCUAUCUGCCAAACUUCUGCUUGCUAUGAAGUGAGUGGUUUUGAGUUCCCUACCAUCAUACAACAUUUGUAUCUCGAAUUUUUGCUCACAAGUCAAAGCAACAACAAAAAAUCCGCUGAACAACGGCUCGUAUCUGGAAAAGCUCGCAAGUCAGGUCACUCUUAUCUCAAGGUACCACGGGAUCUAUGCCGGCAACAUAGUGUACUCACAUUUGUGGCAUUUUUGUUUGGUGGUUUGUCAUGAUUUUUUUUUUUCCCCUUGUGUAUAAAAUAUGUGCUUUGGCUCAAUAAAGGUUGGGAAACACUGGUCUUGCUUCAUGCCUGUCAGCAUAAAGGAAAGAGGAAGCAAAAUAAACCAAACAGCACCUAAAUCAAGAACAACAUACAAGAGUAUAUUCUAGCAAAUACAACAAAUUAAUUAAUUUGUAACAAUUCAUAUUGACACCACUCCCAGAAUGAAUUGCAGUUAUUUGACCAAACGUGAAUCCUGAGCUCAACAAAUAUUCAAUAUACUGUAUCUAAAUGUGAAUUCAAAUGGCAAUCAAUGAUGAGUGAAAAGUUGUAUUUUGAUGCUGUAUUUUUUUGCAAACUGAAACCUCUACAUUUCACUUAUUGUAUGGACCCAUGUUUACCCUGCUUUGACAUACUGUACUUCAAGUUGGCAAAAAUUCAAACAAUAAUAAAUAGCAUCAAGCCUGA